AUAGUGACUAACCCUGUACAACAAUGUAAAAAAAAUCAAUAAUUUCUCAAAACAUGCUAGUAUGUAAAUAUAGCUAUUAACAAAAUCGUUUUCUAAGCAAAUUUAUCACAUCCAACUUGUUUCCCGCUCAAAGGGAUUUUAAACAAUGGAAGGUACACAUUUGUACCAUCCCACCUACUUAGUGAGAUUUUCGAAUAUGAUGAGAGCUGUAAGCUCUGUGCAGGGACACUGCCUGCAAACACCUGUGAUGCCAGCUAGCUGCUGAUCAGGGAUCGAUAAACCAAAAUCAAGGAGGCAAAUUGUGGGCAGCAAAAACAGACAAGAUAGUCUAGGGAUCUAUUCUAUCCACAACUCGGAUUAUUGUUUUGGUUGCAAUGAAUAAUGCCUACAGCCAACAGGCAAUCGGCGCAAGGAUUUCCCCACAAAAGAAAAAAAUGUUGUGUACUACAUCAUUUUAUUGAUGAUUUAAAAUUCACUUCAGCAAUGUAUCCGGCUUGCAACGUGAUUAAACAAUGUCACGAUAUCGUUGCAGUCGAGUCAGGUCAGGUCACAAUAUUACCAGUUAAUUUAUAUUAACAAUGAAUCAAGAUAAUUUAUUGUGACUUCCUUUUGAGGAAUAUAGACAGAUUCACAAUGAUAGCUUAUUGUUGUUGUUGUUAUUAUUAUUAUUAUUAUUAUUAUGUAUUGACCAUAAUGUCACUUUAAAACUAAAUUUGAAAAUUAUUUCAUACUGUACUUUAUAUUUCAGAUAACGAUGUAGAUGGAGAGACGGUAGACUGUGGACUCACUGAGACCAUGGUUGCAUAUCUUUUUGACAAGUCUUUCAAAAAGCAGCUGAAGUUCAGAGACUUCACAAAUCGCUACAAGGAAGUCAUCAUCACUUUACAACCGGUCAACCCAUUUGAAAGUACAGCUGAAGGUCCAGUGUCCCAAGCAAACCAGAGUUCUAUACCUUCUUGCCGUAGACUGCCUGCAGUUAUUUCCAUUCCAAAAUUCCCACAAGAUGUCCAGAGUCGCUUGGAUCUCAAAGAACCAGUCCAGAAAGAACAGAAGUACCGAAACAAAAUAAUUGGGACUCUUUAUGAAAUGCUGUCACAGUACACAAUGUACCCAACCCACUCAGACUACAUCCAGGUCAUCAAAGCCCUGAUUGUGAAGUAUCCUUUCUUAAGAGAUGUACACGGAAAUGGUUAUGUGAGUACCUCUCCUUUUUUGCUUCUUUUAUAGAUUAUAUUAAUAUAAGGUAAGCAUAAUUAACUUCUUAUAUACAUUUGAAACAACUAGGACACCUGGCACAGCCAACUCAAGAGAAAGUUCAAAGCAGAACGGGCUCCCCUAAUCAGCAACGAAGAAGUGAACCGGAUUAAAGAAAAGUUUGGACGCACGCAGAAACAUCGGACCACAGAGGAAUCCAGCAGCUCCUGUCUGAAGAGACUGAAGCCCUCUCUCGUAAGUCCUCACACCCUGAGCCUUUAAGAGCUAAGGUAACAUAUGUAGUCUUAAUAUGUUCUCUGUAAAGCUAAAAGUAAACAUUAAUUGAAAGAAACAUUUUAACAUUAACAUAGAAAAAGGAACUUCACAGUUGAUUUAACAAAAGUCAGCUCAACUUGCAAUUCCUAUUCAACAUUUUUGCAUUUUUUUUCAAAGCAUUUGGUGUACAAAUUACCACAUUUCGAGUAACAUUAACUUAUCAGAUUUUACUUAUGAUAAUACUGAUAUCUGCUUUGACAAAGGAUUCGUGCUUUGUGGGGGAAGAUGCAGCCUCCGUUGAUGCUCAUAUCAAGGUACUAAAUGAUCAGCACAAGAAGCUACAUCCUGACACAGCACUGGUGAAAGACCGCAUGACAAAAACCUUUGCAUGGAGACGUCGAGAGGUAGCUGAAGGAAUGUGUACUGUGGACCUAUUAAAGAGAUAUCCAUUCCUGGGGACACCCACAGGGUUGUGUGAUGAGGUUGAUUUAAUGCAUCCUUGCCAAGACAACAUCUGUCGCCGCUUUAGCGAAAACUUCACAGCUGUUCUUCAAAAUGUUCUUCAAAUGACCAAGGAUUUGCCACUGAAGAAGGUCUACAUGGAGGCAAGAGUGAAUGCACUGGCUGAAGACAUUACAGGAAUUGACUUCAAGGGGGCACUUCUCCUCUUGCCAUCCAUCUUCAAGGAGAAGAUAGAAGAUUUCAUCAUCCUUGGAGAGAAUACUCCCACGAGUCCAUACCCAACCAUUCGAAUGAAGGAUAAGAAUUGGACAGCUGCCCUCUCAAGACAGUGUCGCGGUGUUGUGACAGUUGAAGGAGUGGAUGUUUGCUCGUGCCGCUCGCUGGAUGAGGCCUACAUCUCAGCAUUCUCCAGCUUCUUCGUGUUCAACAUGACCUACCCUGCAUACUUCAAGAAAACACUUGUCUUUCUUCAGAACUGCAUUGUCAACAUAGGAGACCAGGGAGACAAACCCCUUCCAGUAAGUGUCACCAGGGUACUUAACCAACUCUAUUAAAAAUGCCCCCACUCUACAAAUGUUCAAAAUGUUCAAAAAGGGCAUUUACUCUGAGGAAGUUGAUUACACAUGUUGGGUUAGUACACGCACAUGAGGCUCAUUUCAGCAUCACUUGUGGAAUAAAUGACUGCCAGGCAGCUUUUUGCAAGUAUCACUCUUUUCGACGCCAUGUGUAUCGCAAACACAAACCCUCUGUUUUGAAUAGCCUUGAGGUAGUUGAAGAUGGAUUUGAAAACCAUGCACACAAAGAGGUUGAAGACACACACACACACAGUUCGGACGAGUCACACACAGUUCAGCAGCCCACACCACCUAGUAUGGACAGUUUGCUUGAUAAUUUAGGAGAUCAUUUAUUUAGCUUUAUUCUCAAAUGUACUGAAAAAAAUAACCUUCCACACACUGUUCAGCAAGACAUCGUUGAUGAUCUUAGUUUUCUGUUAUGUUUUUUUAAAGAAAACUACGACUCGUUUAUUCGUUAUCAUUUGGAAAAACGUGGUUUCCGCCUCAGUGAUUGUCCAGAACUUGAGCAGGUUUUGUCUACUUCAGAUUUUUUCCAGAAAGCAUGUGAUUCAAUUCGUUCACCAUUUAUGAUAAAAGAACACUGCAAAUCAAAAAUGAACAUGACAGAACCUAUCAGUUACACAGUAAGAGACCAUUCUGGUGUGAAAAUUGGUAGUUAUUCGUAUGUUCCAAUCCCACAGGUAUUAAACAAAUACUGUCAGGUGGAGGAUGUGUGGGAACAAAUUGUUCUGGAUAACCACAGAAAUCAAGAUGAUGAUGAUGUUAUGACUGAUUACAAAGACGGCAUGUAUUUUAAAGACCACUCAUUUUUCAAAGACCAUCCUCAAGCUCUAAGACUUCAUUUUUAUGAAGAUGAAUUUGAAAUUGUGAACCCACUUGGUGCAAAACGAAAUAAAUACAAAAUCUGUGCAUUUUAUUAUACUAUAGGAAACGUAAGUGGAAAACAUCGCUCAAAGUUAAAUCACAUUCAUUUAGCCUUACUGGUUCGCCAUUCACAUUUAAAAGAGUGUGGGCUUGAAACUAUACUUCAGCCCUUGAUAACUGACUUGAAGAUGCUGUCCACAGUGGGUUUCACUAUCUGUGUCAAUGAAGUAGAGCACACAGUUCAUGCUGCUCUUGCUACCAUUUCAUGCGACAACCUUUCCGCUCAUAUGAUUGGGCGUUUUUCAAUGUCUUUCAAUACAGGCAGAAUAUGCCGAUUUUGUAUGGCCUCGCACUCAGAGAUACAACAGCACUUUUGUGAGGACCAUUUUGUUAUUAGAACAGCCAAAGUACAUGAGUACCACAUAAACUGUGUGGAAAACAACCCAGAGAGU